AUGACAGCUCCCCUGUGCUGCGGACGGACCCAUCCCAAAGAUGGCCCCAGAAAGUUCAAAUUCAGCCUCGCCCGUGAGCUGAACCAGGCUGAGGUGUGGGUGGUGGUGGUGGAGGACCGGCCACGUCUACUCGACCGUGUGGUUUGGGGGAAGAACUUUGCACCCAUGCAGCUCUCUACCUCCUUGACCAACGCCUCCUCCUCCUCCUCCUCCUAUUAUUUGGGUGCGGGUCAGGACCCUCCGCUGUCUCGCACCGGCUUCAUCAUUCUCUCCAUCGUCAUGGCCGUCUUCACGGGCCCGGCCAUCGUGCUCAACGCCACAGUGAUAGCCGUGUCUCUCACGUACAAGCAGCUGAGGCAGCCGCUCAACUGCGCCCUGGUGAACAUGGCUGUGGCCGACCUGGGGACGGCGCUCACGGGCGGGGUGCUCGCUGUGGUCUCCAGCGCGCCUCUCUGUUCGUCUGGCGUGGUGCUCGACCCUGCGUGCUUCGCUGACUUCUGUCUGUGUGCAGGCAUCGCGUCUCUGUGCACGGUUGCUGCGAUCGCGGUGGAGAGGAUGUUUGUCGUGUGCAAGCCUCUGGGGGCUAUCUCCUUCCGGCGGAAGCACGCGGCUGGGGGCGUGGCUCUGUCCUGGCUGUGGUCCCUUACGUGGAACCUGCCUCCGCUGUUCGGCUGGGGCAGAUACGAACUCGAGGGCGUGGGGACAUCUUGUGCGCCCGACUGGCACAACCGAGACCCGAGAAACGUCUCCUACAUCCUGUGCUACCUGGCCCUGUGCUUCACCGUCCCGUUUGUCAUCAUCGUGCUGUCCUAUGCCAAGUUAAUGUGGACCUUACACCGGGUGUCUAAGCUGGUCUGUCUGGAGGGGGGUGCAGCAGCCAAAGCAGAGCUGAAGGUAGCUCGCAUGGUGAUUCUCAUGGUACUGGCAUUUUUGGUCAGCUGGUUGCCUUAUGCUAGCCUCGCCAUGCUCGUGGCCUACGACCCUGAUGUGCAGAUACAUCCCCUGGUUGGAGUGCCUGUAUACCUGGCCAAGAGCAGCACCGCUUACAACCCCAUCAUCUACAUCUUCUUCAAUAAACAGUUUCGUAACUACGCGGUGCCCUUUCUGCUGUGUGGGAGGAAGUCCGGGACGGACGACGAGACGUCAGAGACCCAAACAACAGUUGAGUCCGCAAACAACAGUGUUCCCCUCCUGAAAUGA